UGUUUUGUAUACAACCACAUUACACACACUAUGUGUCAGAUCAACUGCGCGACGCUCAGCGACGACGCUCUUCCAUCGGCUCUAGGCAUUAUUCUCGAUCGAAAGCAUUUUCCGAUAAUGUAACGGCGGUCGCGGAUUUUCCGGCACUUUUUUUCGUUUUGGUUCGACACGGGCGCGCUCGCUCGUUCUGCGUCUCGCGACCAAAAAAUGUUCAUAGUCACGAAGAAAAUCAACGAGGAUAACAUCGGCAAGGUGUGCAGGACCUGUCUGAGGGAGGAUCACGGAAAGAUGCUCUAUCUGUUCUUUGGUCCGGCUGAGUCAUCGCUCGGCGCUAAAUUGCAAUCGCUCUCCUGUCUCGAGGUCUAUCAAGGCGAUGGUCUUCCGGAAAACAUGUGCGACAAGUGCGUCAGCAGGACGGAGUCGGCGUUGCUGUUUCGCGAGCAGUGCCGCGCCGCCGACCAGGCCCUCAGAGAGGCCGCCUACCAGGUGACGCAGGCCAAGAUGCACCAGCUGCAAAAUCAGAAUGCCCUGCCCGCGGUGUCGCAGUUCUCGCAGAGCAACAACCCCGAGAUGAUCGAGGAGUUUCCCAAUUAUCCCAGUCAGCAAGAUCAGUACUUGUCCAAUCAGUAUUAUCCCGAGACGUAUCAACGAGAGCAGACUCAGAACAAUGCUCAGACGUAUCCCCACAUAGUUGAGCCGUCCAAUUCGGCUUUCAAGAGAUACGAGAAUGAUUAUACGAAUGCAAACGAUGUGGGCGCGGGCAAGGAUGCUUACGCUUACAGACAGACUGAAGAUAUCAAUGUGCAAUCUACCAUAAGGCACAGUUCCAUGCUUUAUCCAGAAACAACUUGGGAAAUGCCAUCGGCUAAUUAUAAUUAUAGUACUAAUAGUAGAGCACAAUUGGAGAAUUACGAUAUGCACAAUAUUUCUGACAAUGCCAAUUGCGAACAAAUAAUAGCAAACAAUGAUAGCUAUUUGCAAAAUCAGGAAGAACAAACUGAUGACAAUAGUGAAGAAAAUGACGAGGACUCCAAUCAUUUAACUAUUGAUGAAGAGAGAUCUGUUGAACAAACAAUGAUCAAUUCUAUUGACAAUAUGGUUUAUGAUAAAAUCUCUUCAGACUAUAACAGUAGACUGAGAGAAAAUCAAAGUCAUUUUUCCAAUGGUGUUAUUGAAUACAAUUCUUCAGAAGUGCAGCAACAGUCGCAACCAAUCAAUGAAUUGCCCCAAUUUCAGGAAACUCCAGUUAUUAGUCACACUGAAUUUAGAGGAGAAUCUUCAGAACAGCAACCACAGCACCAGCAGCAACAGCAGCCACAGAAAGCAACGAACAGAUAUAAGUGCGAUACCUGUUCUCGUUUAUUCUGUGAUAUAACAAGGCUACAAACUCAUCAGCUCCUACACAGAAGAAAAAAGCCAUUUGAAUGUGUACACUGUGGAAAUCGUUAUUUAACAAAAAAUAAGCUUGCUGCUCAUAUUCGGUUACAUACUAAAGUAAAUGUUCACCAAUGUAAUAUUUGUGAGAAAAUAUUUUCCUACCCAUCAUCUUUAACUGAACAUAUGAAAACUCAUGAAGAAAAAUCUGUUGAUAAAGGUGUAUCUUAUGAAUGUGCUCAAUGUAAAAAGCAAUUCAGAUUUAUUCAAAGUUAUCAUAGACACAUGAAAUUUCAUACUGGAAAAGAUUUAUAUCAUUGUGAUGCAUGUGAUAAAUUGUUUGCAUCGAAAUAUACAUUAAAAAUUCAUAUGCACUCUCACGAAGCUGUUAAAGUGUACCCUUGUGAGUUAUGUGAUAAAGCUUUUAAUCAAAAAAGUAAUUUAGUUGAACAUACAAGAACUCACACUAAGGAUAAACCUUAUAAGUGUAAAUUAUGCGACAAAAGUUUUGCCCAAACGAGUCAUCUGAAGAGCCACAUUAUCUGUCAUAAUUCUGUAAGAAAAUAUAAAUGUAAAAUAUGUGAUAAAACAUUCAAGUUGUCAAGUCACUUGAAAAGACAUGUAAAUUUACAUACAGGUAUUAAAAUGCAUAAGUGUGAUAAAUGUGAUCAAGUAUUUACGCAAGCAUUCAGUUUAAAACGCCACAUGAAAAGGCACGACCCAGAAUAA